GAUAAAAGUGUUUUUAGGUCUUUUCAGAGUGGUUAUAUACUGCAACACACAUGUAUCCCUCACAGUCAGUACAUCAGUAGUUGUUAACACAUUCAUUGAACCAUGCAUUGGACUGCCAAGAUCACCGUCGCUCUCCUGAAUGUGGCAUGGAUUUUCUUCUUUUUGCAAGCAGAUCCUUUCUCAGUGUUUGUGGAGAGAAGGAGCUCGGAUGAAGAGAUGCUGUUUGGAGAGUUUUGUCUUCACCUGCAGUCCGAUACGAACCCGACAUCAACUCCACAUUCAGCCAUCGACACCUCGGAUAAAACCAACAACACAAACACAACAGCUGAAGCAGCCACGAAGAGCAACUUGACAUCGCAUCGAAGUGCUUCCGAGAAGACCAGAAAUCCACAAAACUGUCAUUGCAACAACACAAAAAUGCUACAAAAAGAUUCAGAGUUUGUGAGUGUAGACGUCAGACCUCUUGCACCAGGAUGUGAGCCCAAGAUAAUCAUGACGUAUACCAACAUGGAGGUGUGCAUGGAUCCAGAAGCUUUAAUUGGUCUGCUCGCUCUAGACUUGAAUGAGACGACUCCUGCUACUUCUGAUACUCUGGGAGCAACUUCCUCAGAAGUCACCACAGACUCUGGGAUGACUGAAAGCAGCACCUCAGCAGCUUCUCUUUUUACAAACACCCAUCGUUCAGCUGCUCCUGUCCCACCGCAGGACAAUCAGAACAGAUCAGAAGAGAGAGCUAGACCGCCUGUGGUCGAGUGCUGCUUCAGAACUACAUCAAAGCAGAUACGUGUCUCGACGAUUAAGGAAAUAUUGGUACAACAUCCUCCUCAGUGCCCCAUACAAUCAAUCAUAAUAGUGACUAAAAAUGGCAAGAAAAUCUGUAUGGAUCCAGAGAGUAUGUGGGUUAAAAGAAUAUUGAAAGUCAUCGUCAAAAAGAUGACUACUUUUGAAGUAACUACUCUUGGAGUAGAGCCGACCUAGCGGUCAGGUCCCGUCCCAUGUACGGAAGGUUCCAAUUCUCCAUCCAUUCAUUCAACCUUCAUCUAUUCUCAAGAGAUCAUCACAUAUUGUUUUAUAUUCUGUUUUUUUUUUUUUUAAAUUAACCCUCGGGUAUCAAUCUGGACAUUUUUCUCCAAAAAGGUGAAUUGU